AUGAUGACUUCAACGACUGAGCGGUACCGAUCUGCUCGCAAAGUUGGCAUCUACGGUUCACCCUCUCCCUCUCAGACAUCUCUAAGCAGUCUAUCUGGUGACAGACUUACCAGCAAGAUCCCGGACUCUGAGAAACCUCCCCAAUACACAAAAAAGCUAUCACUAUGGACAAGAUUCUGGCGCUCACUGAGUAACCAGUUCUCACCCAAGGCCUUCUGGGAACUCAUCCACCCCAAAGAGUACAUAUACCCGAUGACGCUUAAAAAGGGCGCUGCGCUUGCAUUCGUCAUGUCUUGCGUUGCUGCACUUGUCAUUUCGAACUGGUUUACUGGUUGGAUGAGAAAAGCCAUUGCUCAAACUCGAAGUUACAUGCUACCUGUUCUUGUCAUUGUUCUUACUCUUGAGCCUCUCAUGUUUCUCAUAAUCUUGUCUAUUGCGAGAGUUCCGCCAUAUAACCCGCCCAAGGCACAUCCCUCGCAAGUUGUGCAGGGGAUUGUGAAUGAAAAAUGUCCUGGUGGUCUGGAGCGUGGUGUGGCGGUGACCACUACAGGGGCUUGGGAAACUGCCUUUGUCAUUCCCUGCCAUAACUCGGAUCGCGAUGCCUUGAGAAAGGUGAUCGAGUCUGCAUAUCCCCAUUUCAGACCCCAAGACAUCUUCAUCAUCGAUAAUGGUAGAUCUAGAUACCCACAAGAUCUCUCCUUCCGACACUGGCUCAAAAAUCUCCAUCCCGAUCUCGUCUACAUCUGGUCCCCCAUCGGUUCAAAGAACGCUGCUCAACUCGUCGGUUCUCUAGCAGCCAAGAACUACAAGUACAUCUUGACAACAGACGAUGAUGUCUCUCUCCCCGAAAACUACCGUCAUCCUAUUCAUCUUAUGAACGACCACUUACGAGCCGUUGCUUUUCCUUUGGCAGGUACCGAUGCAGAUGGGAACACUCCCCUUGGUAUGGUCUCCUGGCAGGACUGUGAGUACCGUAUGGCUGGUCUGGUCAAACUCGCUGAGAAUCGUACAUGCGGCGUUAACUUUCCCCACGGCGCUGGUUGGUUUGUUGACCGCGAUGUAUUCGUUGAGCUUCUUUCGAAAUAUCAUCCUAUGGACUUUAUUGCUGAAGAUGCGAAUGCUGGGUUUUCUAUCAUGCGUCUUGGGAAGGGCAUUGCUUUUGAUGCUCAGGUCACGCUUGCAACAGAAGUUCCAGCAACUGUGCUUGGUCCUGGGCUGAACUGGUGCAAGCAGAGAAUCAAGUCAUGGGAAAUGGGAAGACAUAGCCUUAUCUGGAAGAUAACGCGUCACCUAUUUCGGAUGAAUGGCCAACGAACUAUCCAAGGAAUUCUUAUGCAAAAGGGUCUCUUCCUUUACAUACUGGCCUGUCUGGUCAUCGACUGGGUUCGUAUUCCCGUCCUGGUAGCUCUCGGCGCGCAUAAGGAAUACUGGAUCUUCUUCUUCGGUCUCGCCUUUGUCGCUUGUCUUCCUCCACUUCUCUACAACUAUCUCAGCUGCUGGCACCGUCCUGAUAUGCGCAUUGGACUUGUCACUAUCGCUACAUAUCCUAUUUACAAGCAGCUGUAUAGUUUCGUCUCUGUCUUUGGUGCUGUUCGCUGGGCUCUCUUUUAUAUCGGGGGACAUGUUAGAGCGAAACCUAUUCGGAAGAUGCUCAAAGAUGGAGACGAGGCUUGUUUUUGGCUUGAUCCUAGAUUUGAGGCGAAUCCUGCUUGGUUGGCGGAUGAGAGGGAAAAGAUGCUAGCUGAUGAAUUGGCAACAACAACUGUCGUCGGAUCAACCGCGCCCUCUUUACUGACAUAA